AUGUCUCGCGUCGAAUUUCAGAGCAAAGGCAUCUCGGUCGUCGGAUGUCUUUUUCUUCCUGCCAGCUCUGCUGCUGACCGCAAGCACGCCGCCAUCGUGAUCGGUCAUCCCAUGGGCGGCGUCAAAGAGCAAACAGCCGCGCUUCAUGCGAAAAUUCUCCAAGACAAUGGAUUCGUUGCGCUGACUUUCGAUGCCGCUUACCAAGGGGAAAGUGGAGGCGAACCUCGCGGUCUUGAAGACCCCUUCCAACGAUCAGAGGAUGUUCGGAACGCAGUGACUUUCCUUUCAACCAUUCCCGAAGUUGAUCCUGAACGUAUUGGGGCCCUCGGUAUUUGCGCCUCAGGCGGUUAUGUUCCGUUUGCUGCCCAGACGGAUGUUCGAAUCAAGGCAGUCGCCACGAUAAGCGCCGCCGACGUUGGUGGUCUCUUCCGCGAGGGAAUGAAAGGAACCGCAAUGCAGUUCGACAGUUCAGCACUGAAUCAGACUCUACGGGAAUGUGGCCAAGCGAGAAUCAAGGAGGCGAAAGGAGAACCAGCUCCUAUGCGUCCUCUUCUUCCUAAUAGUCCCGACGGUGUCCCUGACACCACUCCGGUCCUUUUCAGAGAAGGUAGCCAUUAUUACCGUACACCAAGGGCUCAACAUCCACGGUCAACCAAUCAGCUUCCAGUUCGAAGCAUGGACUUGAUCGUCAAUUAUUCGUCCUAUGCGUUCAUGGAUUUGAUUUCUCCGAGACCGGUGUUGAUGAUUGCGGGAACAGAAGCGGACACUUUUUAUUUUAGCGAAGAGGCUAUUGCUCGCGCAAAAGAACCAAAGGAGCUCUUCAGGGUCGAGGGGAAAACUCAUAUCCAGUUGUAUGAUGAUGUGGAUGGACACAGGGAAAAGCUUAUUGACUUCUUUGUUAAUUAUUUGACUAAAUAG